AUGGUAUUCAGACAUUUGAUCAUUCCCUUUAACUUAAACAACAAUAGGGGCAGAUUUCAUGUAGUGAUCAAGCUCUUCUCUCUCUAUUCUAGAGAAACUUCAUACACAAACACAACUUUCAACUUUCAGGACCGUUCGAAGAAACUGAAAUUAAAACAUGGAAAGGUUCCAGUGGGGAACAUCACCGUUGAUAUGGUACUUGGUGGAAUGAGAGGGAUGACCGGAUUACACAAUCGUAACCUCAUUGCUUGAUGCAGAUGAGAUUGAAGGCUGAAGAACUGAUGGCUUAAAGGACGAGUGAAGGCUGUUACCUCCGGAGACUGCUUAGUGAUCACGGCUUUGAGCCACAACAGAGCUGGACCUCCACCGGAAAAGACCAUUACUUUUUCUUCUCUUAUGGCACCUAAGA